AUGGACCACAGAAUCCGAAAUUGUCAGAAGUUCUCGAGUUUCAAUCUGGAUCAGAGGAAACGGCUUGUGGAGCAGUUCAAGCUCUGCCAUCAGUGCUUGGGAUGUCAUGGCAAAUGGCCCUGUCGAUCCAAGCAGGUAUGUGGAGUCGACGGAUGCACAGACACCCAUAAUAAACUGCUACAUCCAUCAAAACGCUCGUCAGCGAAUGUGGAAGUACCCGCGUCAACUGGCUUGGUUUCUACACACUGCUUCAACCGAACCAGUGCACUCUUCAAGAUACUGCCAGUUGUCCUCUAUAAUGAAGGAAAAACCGUUUCCACCUAUGCGUUUCUGGAUGACGGAUCAGACCUUACCCUUCUGGAGAACACCGUCGCUGAAGAACUUGGUUUGACAGGGGAAAUAAUGCCGCUCUGCUUACAGUGGACGGGAAAUGUCACCCGAAAGGAGUCGACAUCGGAGAAAGUGCGGUUGCAUAUAUCCGGUGUAAACGAGCAAUCGAAAUACGUCAUGUCAGACGUGCGUACCGUGGCCAGCCUUGAUCUACCAAACCAAAGUCUCGCAUUCGAUGAAUUGGCCAAACAAUAUCCGUACCUACGAGGGAUUCCUGUCAACAACUUCUCUAAGGCAGUUCCUAGGAUAUUGAUAGGAUUAGCUCAUGCUAAGUUGACACUGACGUUGGACAAACGAGAGCGCCGAAGCGGUGAACCAAUCGCCGCGAAGACCCGGCUUGGGUGGACAAUAUUUGGUGGAGGCGGGGCGAAAGUUCAGGGGCCUCAGCGGGUAAUGGUCCAUACCUGUAAUUGCUCACCGGAUACGAAACUGCAUGAGCUGGUGAAGGAUUAUUUCGCCGUUGAAAAUAUGGGAGUGCAUGCGGUGCAAACCAUAGAAUCGCCAGAAGACCAACGUGCGAGGCAGAUCUUACAACAAACCACCAAGCGUACUCAGUCUGGCAGGUUCGAGUGCGGUCUUCUAUGGAAAAACGAUACUGUUGAUUUACCGGAUAGUUACAAGAUGGCUGAACGACGGUUGGUUUGCCUUGAGAAGCGGCUUGGGAAAGAACCCGCUCUGAAAAAAAAAGUAGAGGAACAAAUUGGCGAGUAUCUCGAACGCGGCUACGCUCACGAGGCGACAAAAGGCGAGUUGUGCAAUUUGGAAUCUCAUCCGGUGUGGUAUCUACCACUCGGAGUCGUACAAAAUCCACGCAAACCAGGUAAAGUACGACUUGUUUGGGAUGCAGCAGCCCGCGUAGGAGACAUAUCGCUGAACGCCAUGUUGCUAGCAGGGCCAGAUCUGUUGACACCGCUAUUGAAAGUGAUGUCUGGAUUCCGACAACGACAAUUUGCAGUCGUUGGAGAUGUGCGACAGAUGUUCCACCAGAUUCUGGUUAGACCAUCCGAUAAACAAGCACUACGAUUCCUGUUCCGGUCAGACCCAAACGACCCACCGACAGUCUACGUUAUGGACGUUGUAAUUUUCGGCGCCUCGUGCUCGCCGUGCAUUGCUCAACACGUGAAAAAUCUCAAUGCAGCUGAGUAUGUGCAACAAUAUCCCGAGGCAGCAGCAGCAGUGAUUAACAAUACGUACGUCGAUGAUUUCUUGGACAGUAGGGACACCAUUGAAGAAACGGUUCAGAUAGUAGCCGAGGUACGUUGGAUCCACAGCAAGGCUGGUUUUGAAGUCAGAAACUGGCAGUCUAACUCCGAUGAAGUUCUACAACGGGUCGGGGUGGAUGUCAACGAAGCGACGAAGUACUUUUCGGUAGACACGGCAACAGUUUCCGAACGUGUCUUGGGUAUGACGUGGAUUCCCACAGAUGACAUGUUUAUAUUUACUACGCAGUUCCACAAAGAUCUUCAACCUUUGUUGUCAGGAGAUGUGAUACCCACUAAGCGGCAAGUUCUCAGGGUAGUCAUGAGUCAUUUUGACCCUCUUGGCAUCGUGGCUACCUACACAGUACAUGGCAAAAUACUGGUUCAAGAUAUUUGGAGGUCAGCAGUGAAGUGGGAUGAGCCUAUAACUGGAGAAAAUUUCAAAAGUUGGCAACGUUGGGUGAAGUUACUGCCAAGGUUGUCGGAGGUUCGGGUUGCAAGAUGCUAUUUUCCGGGCUACAAUCCUAUAAGCUACCGGUCAUUGGAAGUGCAUGUAUUUGUCGAUGCUGGUGAGAUGGCGUGCUGUGCUACGGCAUACUUCAGAAUAAUCGACAGUGGAGUAGCACGCUGCGCCCUUGUAGCGGCUAAGACAAAAGUUACUCCAUUAAAACCACAGUCAGUUCCACGCAACGAGCUGAAUGCCGCAGUAAUCGGUACAAGGCUUCUAAAGAGCAUUGAAGAGAACCAUACAAUACCGAUCCAACAAAAGUAUAUGUGGUCCGAUUCUACUACCGUGUUGGCUUGGUUGAGGGCCGAUCCACGGAAGUAUCGGCAGUAUGUAGCCUUCAGAGUAGGCGAAAUUCUUUCGACGACACAUGUAAAUGAGUGGCACUACGUCCCAUCUAGUUUGAACGUCGCUGACAAAGGAACUAAAUGGGGAUCCGGACCAUGCUUUGACCCAACAAGCCCAUGGUUCAGCGGACCACAUUUCCUUUGUAGACCCAAUACUGAAUGGCCAAACCAGAAGAUUGCACUACCAGAAUCUCUAGAAGAAGUCCGAUCCGUUUAUCAUCAUGAAGUUAUGUCGGACUAUUCAUUCAACUACCUGAAGUACUCUAGAUGGGAAGACUUGUUAAAAAAUUUGGCCUACCUGUAUCAUUUCAUCCAUCGCUGUAAGGCAGCGGUAAGAAAUACGACUCGUGAAAGGUCAGUUAUAUUGGAGCAGCGCGACUACACAGCAGCCGAAGCAUGCCUGUGGAGAAUGGUGCAACAGCAAGUAUACAGUGGAGAAUUAACCGUUCUGAAUCAAAAUGCUCAGUUACCAAAAGACGAACAAAAGCCUUUAAAGAAACAAAGUACCCUUGCGAAGCUGUCGCCGUUUAUUGACGAAGAUGGAGUGCUACGAAUGGAUAGUCGACUUAACAAGGCAACUGCGUAUUACGCAUACAGCUUUCGUAAUCCAGUGAUCAUUCCGAGAGGACAUCAUGUUACUGAAUUGUUGAUUCAAAAAUACCAUCAACGCUACGGACAUGCACACGUUGAUAUAGUUGUAAACGAGCUGCAACAGCGGUAUCAUAUUCCCAAGAUACGUUUUGUGGUCAAAUCCGUAGUGAAGAAAUGCAUGUGGUGUAGAGUUUAUCGAGUGAAAGCGCAGACACCACGAAGGGCAGCACUUCCACAUCCAAGAGUCACACCGUACGUCAGGCCAUUUACGUUCACAGGAUUGGACUACUUCGGACCGUUGAUCGUCAAACGAGGCAGGAGCAACGAGAAGAGAUGGGUAGCUUUAUUUACCUGCCUUACGGUACGCGCGGUACACAUUGAAGUUGUCCAUUCUUUAUCAACUGAUUCCUGCAAGAAGGCAAUACGGCGUUUCAUUGCUAGGCGAGGCUCACCGCAGCAGAUCUACAGCGACAAUGGCACUAAUUUCAAAGGAGCAGCACGUGAGCUCGCAGAAGAGAUCAAAGCUAUUAAUCGCGAUGUCGCAUCUACAUUCACUAACGCUGAGACUGAAUGGUUAUUCAACCCACCUUCCGCCCCUCACAUGGGGGGCGUAUGGGAACGAAAAGUACGGUCUAUAAAGGACGCUCUGAAGUCACUAUGUCACAAAGAUCGCCUCAACGACGAAGAACUAGCAACCUUUCUGGCAGAGGCAGAAAUGAUAGUGAACUCUCACCCUCUUACGUUCGUUCCUGUCGAUAAUCCUAUGGAAGAAGUUGUGACUCCAAACAACUUUCUAUUGAUGAGUUCAAGUGGGGCGAACGUGGCAGCAAGAAUACCAGUGGACCAAGAUAUCUCGCUUAAGAGUAAUCAGAAGCUCAUGAACCACCUUUUGGACCAGUUUUGGAAGCGUUGGAUCCAGGGAUACUUGCCUACAAUUGCCAGGCGAACAAAAUGGUUCAACGAUACCCGCCCGUUACAAGAAGGUGACCCAGUUAUCAUCGUAGACGAAGCAGUCCGCAACGGGUGGUUACGUGGUCGAGUUGUUAAGGUAUACCAAGGACACGAUACUCAGGUGAGGAAGGUCGACGUUCAGACUUCUUCCGGAAUACUUCAGCGGCCUGCCGUCAAGGUAGCUCUGCUGGACAUCCAGGGUAAGGCCAACCCAGGGUAA